UUGUGCCGCUUCUGUGGCGUGCUUGGUGUUUGUGUGACUGAUUCGUGGAAGGAGUGAAGUUAAUUUGAAUUAAAAAAGAAACGGUUAAAGUAUUAUCCAUAUGAGUUGUAAAUUUUGAAUAUUAAUAUGCAGUGCGAAAAGUUCGUUUAGGCUUUUCAAAACCGGUAUUCGAGUAAGACUUUACAAAUUUGAAAUAUAUAAUGGAAUUUAGGUGAAUGUGAAUGUGAAAAUUUCGACUUCAUUGGUAAAAACUUUCGGUUAAGUUGGAUUCGUGAACAACUACAUUUACAGAAGGCUAUGUGCGACGACACCAGGAUUAGUGAGAAUAUGUGUACAUAAAUAAAACGGUGAAGAUUAAAAGAAAUUGCUGUUUGAAUAUAUCCACGAUUAUGAAAUGUACAAACGAUACGUGUUUCAAAUUAAGGUUCAAAUAAAUUAAGCAAUACUAAGUACGAUGAAAUAUUUGUCGGAGAGAAUUUAAUUGGUGCUUGAGAAAACAACAACGGCGCCGUGAUCGUACACAGAAAAGAAAGGUGAAUGAAUAUAUAAUACUGGGUGACUCACACGCCCUGGAUUGAUUACCUUAAAAUUGUGUGCCUUAACGAAAAAAGAUUUAACAGUAACAAAUGAAAUAACUAAUAUUUUAUUUAAAAGUUCGAAGAAAUAGUUAUUUUAAAUAUCUAAAACAUAAUACAAUUUUUAUUUGGGUGCAUAAAGUGUAAUGCUACGAAAUGUCUCCACAACUACACUCAGAAACUCAAGUUUACCAACUACAACAUCAUCGGCUAUAUCACCAGCGAGCAAAAAAGCAUUUAUGUCGAAAACUGCACAAGUAUCACACAUUAGUUUUUGUGUUAGCUUUAAUAAAUCUACAUACAGCCACUUUAGUUUGCGGCUAUUCCAGCGCGUCCAAUUCUCUCUCAAGUCACAGAGAUGACCCAUUUUUCGUGUUUUACAUUCCAUCCAAUUUGCAAAAAGAUGAACUAAGUUCAAAUAAGUUUUCCCCACAGAUGAUUGGAGGAAACUAUUUUAUCAGACAAAGGCGUUCACCCAACCCUUCUCCUGAUUCCGUUAGCUCACUUUAUUCGGCUUUACCUGCAGCGCGUACAGGAAAUUCUGCCAUAUAUUUUGGCAUGUCUUCGUCCUCCAUGAUGACACACGAAAGCAGUGUUAAGCAUUAUUCGGAUAAUCGUAAACCAGCUUUUAAAAAUUGUGCUAACUACAAACCGUCCGUCAGGGAAGAGGAACCUGAAAAUACUUUUGUUAUAAUGGUGCAAGCAGAAGAUCCUGACUUUGAUCAAGAAAUCAAAUAUAGUCUUGUUCAGUCGGCUACAGAGCGAUCAAAGUUUCACAUUGAUCCCAAAUCGGGGGUAAUUGUAACAACUCAUCGAUUUGAUCGCGAUGAGCCGACAUACGAAAAAAUGGUGUAUGUAACAGUGCAGGCGACUGACAAUGGCAAUCCCACAUUAGAUGAUGUUUGCACAUUUAAAGUGAUUAUUGAAGAUGUAAAUGACAAUGCUCCAGUUUUUAAUAAGGCGCGUUAUGACGAGUCUAUUUCGGAAGAUAAACAGAUGCCAUUCACGAAAACGACAGGAAACACUGCAGCAGUGGAGGACCCUUUUUAG